AUGACUUUGGAAAAGUUACUGUCACAUAUGGGAACAGGGACGAAACUCAUCACCGACAGGUUCACGGAGUACGGCCCAGUGCAUGAUCAAGAGGUAUACUACGCGUACGAGCCUCCUGGCUCUCAUCAGGGACAUGAAGCCGCGUCCAAGCACAACUACGGCAGCGGCGGUGGCGGACAAAAGAGCAACGCUGCCAUGUCUGCACUAACUUUGUUGGCGUUUCUGUUUUUCCUGCACAUUCUCCAACAGUGCAUAAAAGACCAUAUGACAGACAUGAGCACCCCACAAAUCAUGAUCAUGACUGCGGGAAGGGAGGGCGAAACCAUUUUGAAGAAAAACGAUAUCCAGAAACUCGAUAAGUCCGGUAUCACGUCAAGUAAAGAAACUCGCGAACAUGUAAACACGGAAAAUAGAACUAAUAAUGCAAACAUGAUUGAUGACAAUGAAAAUAAUUUAAUGAAGGUACAUACCGCCGACCCACCGAAAUCAUGGGGUACAUACACGGGCGCUUUUAAAAAACACGGCAAUUCAAAUUUAACGGUUUUCGAUACAAGCGCUAUGGACGAACAUUAA